AUGAGUACUCGUAUUGCUACAUUGACAAGUAAGGUGGAGGCAUUAGAGUUGAGCAAAGUGGGUGUGACUAAGAAUCCCAAACCAAUUGAGAUUAGCUGUGAGAUUUGUGAGGCUAAUGUGCAUUUGACCAAGGAUUGUCCCACAAUCCCUGCUUUCAAAGAGGUGUUGCAUGAACAGGCCAAUGCGGCCAAUGCAUAUCAAAGACCAUUCAGUUCACCCUAUUCUGAGACAUAUAAUCCUAACUGGCGAAAUCACCCGAAUUUUAGUUGGAGAAAUGGUCAAUCUGCAAAUGAACCUCAAGGAUCUUCUUCUCACGUGCCUUAUGUGCCACCACAUAAGCAAACCCUGGAGGAAACAUUGCAAGCUUUCAUGCAAAGCCAAAAUCAGAUCAAUCAAGAGUUGAGAAAUGCAGUUGGCAGAAUUGAGUCUCAGUUGAAUGUGAGAGAGAAAGGAAAGUUUCCAGCCCAACCUGAACCUAACCCAAGGACUCGAGUUGGGGUAAAUGAAGUCAGCAAUACUCAAGUGGAACAUGCCAAGUCUGUCACUAUCCUUAGGAGUGGAAAUGUGGUUAAUAAAGAGGUCCCAAAAAAAGCUUCACCACCUAAGGGGAAUUUAGAAACCAAGGAAGAUGACAAGCCUAGUGAGGGUGGAGAUGUAGUGGAGAAAGUGUAUGAGCCUGUUGCCCCAUUUCCCCAAAGGUUGCUUGCACCUAAAAAGGGAACAGAAAAUCAAGAUAUUUUGGAGGUGCUCAAGCAAGUGAAAAUAAACAUUCCUUUGUUAGAUGCCAUAAAACAAAUUCCUUCAUAUGCAAAAUUUUUGAAAGAUCUUUGCACAGUCAAGCGAAAGCUUUUUGUUCGCAAGAAGACAUUUUUAACAGAGCAAGUAAGUGCUAUAAUUCAACAGAAAAUUCCUUUGAAGCAAAAAGAUCCUGGAUCACCAACUAUCCCAUGCAUCAUUGGUGAUUCUAAGAUUGAUAAAGCAUUAAUGGAUUUAGGAGCAGGUGUAAAUCUACUACCCUACGCAGUUUAUGAGCAGUUGGGCCUUGGGGAGUUAAAACUGACCAAAUUUGUUCUUCAACUUGCCGACCGAUCUGUUGUUAUACCAAGAGGGGUAGUAGAGGAUGUUUUGGUGCAAGUGGAUAAAUUUUACUUUCCUGUGGAUUUUAUUGUUUUAGAUACAAAGCCUAUUUCACAUUCUAGCAUUGACGUUCCUAUCAUUUUGGGACGACCAUUUUUGGCUACUUCUAACGCUUUGAUUAAUUGCAGGAGUGGAAUCAUGAAGCUUACAUUUGGAAAUAUGACUGUUGAGUUGAACAUCUUCAACAAUUGUAAACAACCUGGCAUGAUGAUGAUGCGGAGAUCCUUGAAGAGGACAUGA